UUCUUCAUUCCUGUGAUUCAAAGGGGCCCUUAAGCACCAAUAAUACUACUUCAGAAUAACAAUCAGUAGUGUACUGGUGUGUUUGUUUUGUUGCUCCCUUUCUUCAAAGAUUACGACAGAUUACCAGUAUUAUAUUGCGAAGAAAGAGGAAAUGCCUUCAUUUAGUGGAAUCAAGAUCAAACCGGACCCAAUUAAUUAAUUAAUUACUCCCUCCAUUACAGAAUAUAAAAAUUUUAAAGUUGGACACAGUUAUUAAGAAAAUAGUUAGAAGUGAAUGAUGUAGGGUUGUGAUCGGAUAAGUAGUGGAGAUAGGUGAGAAAAAUGAAUGACGGAGGGUUGUAAUUAGUUAGAAGAAAAUAUUGGUAGAGAAGUUAUAUUUUAGAAUAAAUUCUAAGAGAUAAAAUUUGUUAUAUUUUGGAACGGAGGGAGUAAAUCGGACUAAUAAAACUACAAAAUGUAACAAACACACUACCUCACCUAAAGCUAACCACCGCAAACUGAACUAGCAAGCUGGAAGAACUCUGCAAAAUUUGCUACCUAUCGACCUCGUCACCUCCGCUGUUUGUUUGCAGUCAUUCGCAGCGGCAGCGAUGGAUGUUGCGGCCGCCGCGGGCGUCGUUGGUGGGUUCUUGCAGGUCGUCUUCGACAAGUACUACGGCUCCAAGCUCGAGCAGUGGGCUGCUCGCUCGGGCCUGCACGGCGACUUCCUCAGCCUCAAGAACCAGCUCCACAUGGUCCGUGCCAUGCUCGAGGCAGGCGGCGGCGGCAACGCCCCCCACAACGACUCCCUGCGCAGCCUCAUCGUGGAGCUCAAAUCCGCUGCCUACGCCGCCGACAACGUGCUCGACGAGAUGGAGUACUACCGCCUCAAGGAGCUCGUCGAGGACACCAGUGGCCGCGACGGCGGCGCACCGUCGUCGUCGGCUCGCCAGGUGGUCGGCCGCAUACUGGUGCCUGCGCCUCUCCUGUCCAAUCCAUUCAAGCGAGCCAGGACGGGCGCCGACGAAGCCUUGCAAGGGCAGGGCGCUGACACGGACACCCCCAACUUCGAUCAGGAUGCAAUGUCCUCCAAGAUCAAAUCGAUAUCCUGCUGCCUCGAGCAGAUUGCUGGCAUGGUGCGGAGGAUCAUCGAGCUCGACAAGUUGGUGUCGAUGGCGAGCUUAGGGCAUGUACAACCAGAGGUGGUGGUAAGUCUGCGGCAGACAAGCUCCUUUCCCACUGAAACUAAGUUGUUUGGGAGAGAUGAGUCUACCAACAACAUCAUAAACCUUAUGCUUAGAACAGAUAUGGAGUCUAGGUACAAUAACUUCAAUGUUCUUCCCAUUGUUGGCAUUGGUGGAGUUGGUAAGACUGCUCUUGCCCAGUCUGUCUACAAUCAUCAAAGAGUAGUUGAUUCAUUUCAAGUGAGAGCCUGGGCAUGCGUUUCUGAUACUCUUGAUGUGCGCAGAGUUAUAGCAGAUUUGAUAGAUUCGAUCGAUGGUGGCCAAGAAACUCCCAAGUUUCAUAGAGUGCCUAGUCUUGAUGCAACUCAGAGAACUCUACUGAGGAAAAUUGAAGGGAAGAGGUUCUUGAUUGUCCUUGAUGAUGUGUGGGUCAGCAGCCACUGGGAGAAGCUUUGUGGUCCCUUCUCCGCGGGGAUGUCUGGAAGCAUGGUUUUAGUUACAACGCGACAGAGAAAAAUCGCCAAGGCCAUGGGCACAUUUGACAGUUUGACACUGCACGGUUUACAUGAUAAUGAAUUUUGGGCUUUCUUCCUACAGUGCACAAACAUCACAGAGGACCACAGCUUGGCUCGAAUAGGCAGGAAAAUAGCUCUCAAGUUGUAUGGCAACCCCUUGGCUGCCAAGACCAUGGGGAGAUUCCUUUCGGAAAACCACGAGGAGGAGCAUUGGUGCAAGUUUCUGAAUAGAAACAUAUGGGAACUAAAACAAGAGCCUGACGACGUUAUGCCGGUUUUGUUGUUGAGUUAUCAGCAUCUCCCUCUAAGCUUGCAGCGAUGUUUCACCUAUUGUGCCAUAUUUCCAAGAGGCUAUAAGUUCACUGAGCAAGAGCUUAUAUUUGCUUGGAUGGCACAAGGCCUUGUUCCAACACCUGGAGAGGAUCAGACAUUGGAAGAUGUAGGAAAGGAGUACCUUAACGAGUUACUCAGUUGCUCAUUCUUCCAUAUAAUCGAGAGUGGCCACUACAUGAUACCUGGGUUGUUACAUGAUCUUGCUCAACUUGUUGCAGAAGGGGAAUUCCAGGCAACUAAUGAUGAAACGCCGCAUCCAAAAGAACUCAUGGGCUGGCUUGCUGCAUCUAAAAAAUUUGCGGACUAUAAUGUUCUCUGCCUCUUCAUCAAUUUGGUCUCCAGGUUCUGAGGUAGUCUUUGUCCAGAGCAAUUGGCCUAGUACUAUCAGACUGUUGUCUCUGCCCUGCACUUUCCGAAAAGAG